AACUUCUUCGUAGAGAUAGGAACACACCCUUACUCGUUGGAUCUCCCAUUCUCUGUACACUCCCCUCAGUACGACAAUCACCAGGAAUGCAACUUCUGUUACCACGACACGUGUGUUCCCUUCCAUUGCUUUUGCUUUUGCUUUUCAUCAUGAUUCUGAAACCGAACCUUCGAAUAACCAAAAACUAGACUCCAGACAACACAACAACACAAGACGUGUGUGGCAGCGACUCAUGCUAUUCGUUUUUUUUUCAUCUCAUCUCAAUGCUAUUUCUAUUUCCCACUUUUUCCUACAAAAAUCAAUUGCUCAGCCUCUCAUAAGUUCUCUCUUUCUCUUUCCUAAUCUCUUGCACAAACCAGACACCAAUUUCACAUAAAGAAAGUGUAUUUAAGCAAAAAAAAAAAAUUGAGUUUGAGGUCAGUACUCAGUACCCUUUUUUUUGUUAUACUUGUUUAUUUAUUUUAUUUUUCUUGAUACCAUCAAAUCUUGGAUUUUUAGUACCCCAAUUGGGUUUUAUACUUUUCUUCACCACCAAGUUUCAAUCUUUCCAUGAUCAUGAAAUUGGGUUUUGUUUUAUAAUAACAAUAAUCUCUCAACAUGCCCUCCACCAUGGUUUCUCUCUCCAAACGCAUGGGGUUCACCUUGUUCUUGAACACCUCCUUCCUCGUGAUUGUGUUUUGUGUUUCUCUUAUUGUUCCCUUCCACUCUUCAUCAGAACACGUUGUUCUGAGGAGCAACAGGGUUGGUUUGAGGGGUGAAGAACAAGAUUGCAAGAGUUUCCACAGUUUGGAGGACUCCAAAGCCAAGUGCUUGUACUUGAAAUCCAAUGAUCCAUGUGUCUCUCAGGGCUAUGUUGACUACCUUUACCUUUUCUAUUGCAAAUUUGGGGGUUUCCCUCUGUUGGGUCACUCUCUUUUGUUUCUUUGGCUUUUGGUUCUGUUCUAUUUGUUGGCCAACACUGCCUCUGAGUACUUUUGUCCUUCUCUUGACAACUUGUCCAAAUUGCUGAGGCUCUCUCCCACAAUUGCUGGGGUGACCCUUCUCUCUCUUGGAAAUGGUGCUUGUGAUGUUUUUGCCACCCUUGUCUCUUUCAAGGGUAGUGGGACCCGUGACAUUGGCUUCAACACUGUGCUUGGGGGUGCUUCCUUUGUGUCCUGUGUGGUGGUUGGAAUAGUGAGCAUUGCAAUAAGGCAUAGGGGGAUCCGGGUUAAGAAGUGGGACUUGGUGAGAGAUGUUUGUUUCCUCCUCUUGGUUCUUCUGUGCUUGUUAACCAUUUUGAUUGCUGGUGAGAUUAAUGUUCCUGGGGCAAUUGGGUUUUGCUUGAUGUAUGCGGUGUAUGUGGUUGUUGUUUAUGUCUUGUCUACCCGAGGGAACAAGGGUGUGUGUGGAGAUGCUGAUGGUGAAAUUGGUUGUGAUUUAUCUGUUCCUAUGCUCAGUGGGAUGGAGAAAGGACUUGUAAAUGGAGCUCAGGAAUGUAACAUGAAAAUUGAGAGGAAACGUUGUUGUUUACAAUCUUCAAUGUGUAGUAUGUUACUCUUUGUCUUGGAGAUGCCACUUUACUUGCCUAGGAGAUUGACAAUUCCUGGUGUUUGUGAAGAGAGAUGGUCCAAAGUUUAUGCAGUUUGUUCAGCUAUGCUAGCACCACUUCUCUUGUCUUUCUUGUGGAUACCUAAUCAUCUAAACGGCUUCAACAGCAUUAUUGUUUAUGGAAUUGGAUUGUUGAUUGGGAUUAUAUUAGGGGUUAUUGCAUUUUUCACAACCAAUGUGUCAAACCCUCCAAGGAAGUACUUGCUUCCUUGGCUUGCAGGAGGGUUUGUGAUGAGUGUGACUUGGAGCUACAUUUCAGCUCAGGAAUUGGUGGGAUUGUUGGUUUCACUUGGUUACAUAUGUGGAGUUAGUCCUUCAAUACUCGGGCUAACAGUUCUUGCUUGGGGGAAUUCACUUGGGGAUUUGGUGACAAAUUUGACAAUGGCUUUGAAUGGUGGAUCAGAAGGUGCUCAAAUAGCAAUAUCAGGUUGUUAUGCUGGCCCUAUUUUCAACAUAGUAGUUGGAUUGGGCUUAUCUCUUGUGAGCUCUUCUUGGUCUGAGUACCCUUUAUCUGUUGUGAUCACUAGAGACCCAUAUCUGUGGGAAACAUUGGCACUUUUGGGGGUUGGAUUGGUUUGGGCACUUGUCGUGCUGAUUAGAAGAGACAUGAAGCUUGAUGCACUAUUGGGAGGAGGGCUUUUGGUUAUUUACUUCAUUUCUCUAUUCCUGAGGCUGAUUCAGACACUUGGUUCUCUCCAAUUUCAGCAUAUGUUGUUAGGCUUAUUCUUCAGCAGAUGAUAAUGAAUUGUGAAUUUCUCAUCAUAUUGGUAUAGCUAUUAGCCACUGACAUCACUUUCUGUGCAGGAGCUAUAUUGUGCAACCAUGAUAGGUAGGCCUAAAUUAGAUAGCGUUAGAACUUCCACUGCUAUUUGUACUUAGCUUUUCUUGGCUAAUGCCAUUUUUAAUACAUUAAGAUCACAAAAUUACAUCCAUACAUGUAUAGAGAGAAGAAGAUCAAGUUACUGUCUAAAGUCUCAAUAACUCUUGCUAAAGUUUUUUCCUCUUCUUUUUACAAAUAGAAUUUUAUUAAUUGAAUUGUUGGA